UUGGUUAGUCAGGACACUAGGACAGCAAAGAAAGGCAGAGAAGAAGAAGCCAUCCUGCGUAAUGUGAAGACGGUUCAAAUAGCGUCUCGUCUUUUGUGUGUUGCAGGUGGCAGUGAAGAACAUUUUCCCCUAGAGCAGCAGGAGUGGAGCUCCAGGAUGGAUCCACAGCCCCACCACAUUAAAGAGGAAGAGGAUGAGCCACAGCCCCACUACAUGAAAUGGGAAGAGGAGGAGCCACAGCCCUCCCACAUUAAAAAGGAAGAGGAGGAUCACAUCAUCAGUCAGGAGGGAUGGCUUCUUGAAGGACUGGAAGAGUUCCCAUUAAUAGGUGUCCCUGUGAAGAGUGACGAUGAUGACGACACAGAUCAAAGUGAAGAGAAGAGCGAGGUGGAGCCUCCAAGCAGCAGCUCAACUCAGCACAUGACAACAGAAGCUGAUGGAGACCGGUCACAAGCAGACCAACUAUUAGCUCCACUAUCAGAUAGUGACGACACAUCAUACUCUCCUGACACUGAUGAUGAAGCCUCUAAAUCUGAUAUGACAUGUCACACUGACAACACACGCUUUAAAUGCUCUCAAUGUGACAAAACUUUUAAUUACCGUAGUCAUCUGAAAAGACACAUGCGAAUACAUACUGGAGAGAAACCAUUCAUGUGUUCACUUUGUUGUAAAAGAUUUUCGCGGAAGUCGCAUUUGACAAGGCACACAAGAAUACACACAGGAGAGAAACCUUUUACCUGUUCAGUCUGUGCUAUAGGUUUCGUACGAAAAGAUGAGUUGAAAAUACACACAAGAAUACACACCGGAGAAAAGCCUUUUUCCUGUUCAAUCUGUGGUAUAGGUUUUUUACGAAAUCCAGAUUUGAAAAUCCACACAAGAAUACACACUGGAGAAAAACGUUUUACUUGUUCUGUAUGUGGUGUAAGUUUUUUACGAAAUUCAGAUUUGGAAAUACACAUGAGAAGGCACACUGGAGAAAAACCACAUUCCUGUUCAAUCUGCAACAAAAGCUUUUGUGACCGAACAAACCUUGUAGUGCAUAUGAGAACACACACCGGUGAGAAACCUUUUCCGUGUUCAAGCUGUGGUAAAAGAUUCUCUCUAAAGGCAAAUUUGAAAACACAUACAAGAAUACACACUGGAGAGAAACCUUUUACUUGUUCAGUGUGUGGUAUAGGUUUUGUACAAAAUCAGUAUUUGAAAAUACACAUGAGAACACACACUGGAGAAAAACCAUAUUCAUGUCCAAGCUGCAGCAAAAGCUUUUGUGAACGAACAAAUCUUGUAACACACAUGAGAACACACACCAGUAAGAAAGUGUUGAGUUGCAGUGUGUGUGACGAAGGAUCCUCUUAUGAGUACCAGCUUAACAAUCACAAGUGUGCUGGUGAGAAUAGCAGCACUAAAUGAAGCUACACAUCUUGAAACGGUUAAGACUGAUAACUUUGUUCUUCUAUCAUCGCCACAUCUAACGUGACCUCAUUGUGUGUGUGCAACACAAUCUUGUUAGUAUGCUUCUACCAUUUAAAUGCAAUAAAAAUAUCACAAA